AUGACGGACAAAAAAUCGAAGAAAAGUAAUUCAGAAAGCAAUAUUACAAAGGAAAGCAAAUUGAAGCAAAGUAGUUUGAAGGCUAGUAGUAAACUGAAAUCAAAAAACAAGAAAUCUCUUCUAUCAUCAGACCCAGGCUUCAUACAGUAUCUAAACAAGUAUGGAACAGACUUUGCCAAGUUUGUACUCCCACAGAAUGAUCCUGCUUGCGCAUCUAGUGGCAGUAAGUUAGACGACACAGCUAUACAGACUCUACUCCAGGAAUCCUAUGAAGAUUAUAUGAAGUUAAAGGCCAGGUUUGUAAAUAAGAAGGAUGAGGAGAGUAACAUAACCGAGAUUCAGGGUAUUUCAAGAGGAGCUGGUCCAGAUACAUUCAAAGCUAAGGUAGUUCUUGAAGGAAAGAAAAAGAUACAUGAUAUAGUAGAUUUGAAUGAGAAUGACUAUAGACUGCCAUUCCUUCUUAAGACCUGGAGUUCAGGUUGA